UAUUAGUAGACCAUAGUAGACCUAAUGUUGCACGUUGCACCACAUUAUGUAUAGCCUAAUAUAACGAUCUUUUUAAGUGAAAAGAAAUAUAACCGAUUAAAUUAAAUAAUGGAUUAUCGUAGUUUAAAAUUGAUGGAGGAUAUUACAUUAGAAGGCACGUCCAAGGCAAACACAAAUACACAUGCAAAAAGUAACAGAGAGAAAGAUGCUAGGUGUGCAGGUCCAGCAUUAUCUAGCAAAUUCAAGGUGGAAAUGCAAACAUUGCAAGUGUCUCAACAAUCUGAGCAAGAACUCUACGAUAGUCUUAAUUAUAUUUAUGGAAAAGAUUUCAAAUUAUCUGACAUUUCAGAAUUACAAAACAAAACCUCAAACUUAGAUAAACAGUACUGGAUGGAACGAGGUAAUUUGGUUGUAAAAGGAAUAGUAGAUUAUUCUUCUAAGGAUACCACUCCUAAGACUCAAGAUGAAAUAACGAAGCAGUUUGCGACAUCCAAGUUAGAGAGCUAUGGCUUCUGUGCUUCACAUUGUACACAAGCUUUCAUAUAUGCACAAAACAAUUUGGGAAAAGCUUUAGAAGUGUUAUUUUGCAAAUAUUAUGGAAUUGAGGACAUUCCAAAAAACAAAGAUAUUGAAAUUCCUGAUGCUGCUGAAUUAUUGGAAAGACGAUCUGAGGAAAGGGAGGCGCUCGAAUCAAUCUAUGGUCAUGCAUUUCAUGAAAAAAUAAAACAUUGCAUUUGGACUAUGCAAAUAAAAUUAAAUUAUUUAACAAAUAAUAAAGAAAUUGAGCAGAAAACAGAAAAACCAAAAGAAAAGAAGCAAGAAAAAGAAGUGUGCAGACUUUUCCUUCAUAAAAAAUGCAGAUUUGGAGAUAAAUGCAGAUUUCUUCAUCAACUGCCACAGAAAGUAUCAAAUGUACCAUUUUUGGAAGAUCCAUAUUUCACACUAGAAAUAAGAUUUCCUGAAGAGUGUAAAUAUCCUUAUGAACCGCCAUAUUUAUAUUUUUAUAAAAAUGAUGGGUUAUAUCCACGUAUAAAAUGCCUGAGGAUAGUAAGACGGCUACACAAUGAAGCGUUGUUAUUAUCUCUCGAAGGUACUCCUUCGAUAUUUUCGAUAAUUUCAUUAUUGGAAAAUGAAUACGAGAUAAAAGCUUAUUUAGAAGAAAAUAAAGAGCUAUUUUUACAUCAAUUUGAGCCAUUAUUUCCAAAGGAACAGAACGAGGAAGAAUUGAAUGUGCCUAGUCAUUACGAACUUGGUAGUACCAAUAAGAGAAAUAGGGAUAUCUCCUAUGAGCAAAUUUCUGAAGAAGAUAAUUUGAUAGAAGAAAUAUUUAAGAAUAAAUGGAAAAGUUCUAAUUACAAAAAGAUGCAGGAGGUACGAAAGAAAUUGCCCGCUUGGUCUAACACGAAUGAAAUCUUAGAAACUGUAGAUAAAAAUCAGGUUGUUAUUAUCUCUGGUGAAACAGGAUGUGGCAAAAGCACGCAGGUACCGCAGUUCAUUUUGGAUGACUGGAUUGUUAAAAGAUCACAAUCAGAAAUUAAAUCUCAUAUUAAUAUAAUAUGCACACAACCUCGAAAAAUAAGCGCUAUAGGACUUGCGGAGCGUGUAGCGGCUGAGAGAGACGAAAAGAUAGGAAAUACUGUUGGAUAUCAGAUACGUUUGGAGAGCAAAAUGUCUAGUAAAACACGAUUGUUAUUUUGUACUACAGGAAUAUUAUUGCAAAGAUUAUCAGCAAAUCUUGAAUUGUCAGACGUUACUCACAUUAUAGUCGACGAAGUGCACGAAAGAAGCGCUGAGAGUGAUUUUCUACUCAUGCUUUUGAAGGAAUUACUACCGAAAAGACCUUCUUUGAAAAUAAUACUGAUGAGCGCGACGCUUGAAGCUAACAUUUUCUCCUCAUAUUUCAAAAAGACACCGAUUCUAAAUAUCCCGGGAAAAACCUUUCCAGUGAAACACAUGUUUCUCGAAGAGAUAUUCGAAACAACAAAAUACGUUUUUGAAGAAAAUUCUAAAUUUACUCGUAAGAUUAAGAUGGAUUGGGAGCAACUUCUGAUCGAUUUAGAGAUUGCCGACACCGAGGGAGCACGCAUUAACACUCCCAAAGAAUCGAUUAAAGAUGAGAAUUUAACAUUAAUACAACUUGCCAGCAGAUAUCAUGGUUAUUCUAAGCAGACAUAUAAAAAUUUAUAUGUUAUGGAUCAUGAAAGGAUUAAUUUUGAGUUAAUAGAGGAGACUUUAGGGUGGAUUGUUUUUGGUGAACAUGAUUAUCCGAAAACAGGUUCUAUUUUAAUAUUUUUACCUGGCUUGGCUGAAAUUCUUACUUUGUGUAAUCAAUUAUGUGAGAACGGAAAUAAGUGGCCAAAAACUAAAUUUCUUAUCUUACCCUUACAUUCAAGUUUGUCUAACGAGGAGCAGAGUCUUAUAUUCAAAAAAACGGAAAAGGGUGUCCGUAAAAUAGUAAUCAGUACGAAUUUGGCUGAAACGUCUAUCACUAUAGAUGAUUGUGUUUUCGUGAUCGAUAUAGGAAUGAUGAAAGAAACGAGGUUUAAUUCGAAUCAGAAUAUGGAAAGUUUAGAGACUCGUUGGGUGUCGCGAGCGAAUGCUAUGCAAAGAAGAGGACGUGCCGGUCGAGUGAUGCCUGGAGUGUGUAUUCAUUUGUAUACCUCGAACAGAUUUAAAUAUCAUCUCGAGGCACAACCAAUACCGGAAAUACUAAGAAUUUCUCUGGAACCACUGCUUCUACGUAUCCAACUUAUGCAUGGGGGAAAGAAAGUAGAUUUGCACAAUAUAUUAGAAAAGACGCUGGAACCACCAAAGACUGACGAUAUUACAAACGCGAUCACACGUUUGCAGGAUGUAGGCGCAUUUAAUUCAGAACACGUGUUAACGCCGCUCGGUCAUCAUCUAGCUAAAUUACCUGUAAAUGUACGAAUCGGCAAAUUAAUACUAUUCGGUACGAUCUUUUGCUGUCUGGAUUCCGCACUUACUAUCGCGGCAUGCUUAUCGCACAAAAGCCCAUUUAGCAUUCCAUCAGAGUUGAGAAAAAAGAUCAAUCCUAAGAAAGAAUUCUCCGUAGCUAACUCAGAUCAGCUGACUAUUCUCAAGGCUUACAAGAAAUGGCUAACUGCCUGUUCGCACAGUAAUUACGCCGGCAGAGUAUUUGCCGAAGAAAAUUAUUUAUCUGUGCGAACAUUGCAUACUUUAGCAGACAUAAAGUACCAGUUUUUGGAAUUAUUAGUGUCAAUCGGUUUCGUGCCUGUUAAUUUGCCCAAGAGACAGCCCAAUCUCGAUAGGAUUUUGGACAUUACUGGACUUGAAUUGAAUACUAAUAAUGAGAAUUACAAGCUACUCCAGGGUCUUCUCUGUGCGGCAUUGUAUCCUAACGUCGCGAAGGUUCUUUCACCCGCAAAAUCUUUCCGAGUGCAAUCAACUGGUGCUAUUCCAGUCGAACCUAAACCGGAGAAGUUGAAAUUCGAAACGCACGACGGUUUCGUCAAUAUUCAUCCAUCAUCUGUGAAUUUUCAUGUCGGACAUUUUGCGAGUCCGUACUUGGUGUUUCAAGAGAAAAUGAAAACCAGCCAAGUUUUCAUUAAUGAAGUGUCCAUGAUCCCAGUUCUGUCUUUAAUAUUGUUCUCCGGUUACGAAUUAAACUUGGAAUUACACAAUGGAAUGUAUAUGCUUUGCCUAGAUCGUGGCUGGAUUAUGUUUACAAUGGAAUCCCACAGUUUGGGGCUACUUUUGCAACGGAUGAGAAUAGAAUUGGCCAAAUUAUUAGAGCAAAAGAUGAAAGACCCUCUUUUAAAUCUCUUAAACCAUCAACAAGGCAAACAAAUUAUACAUACAAUCGUAAAUAUAGUAACAAGAGAAUAGGCAAAUUCGUCUAGCAUAUUGCCAAAAACUUUUUAUAAUAAAAUAAACAAUGCAUUAUUUCGAAAAAAUUCUUAUAACAUAUUUGCAGUUGACAUUGAUAAAUAUAGAUAUAUUUAAACAAAAAAUAUUUCUCUUAUGCAUUUGUUGUUUUUGGGGCAUCUGUUGGCAUAUAGAACAUGUAAUAAGUACUUAAAAUUUAAUUUAUUAAAUAAUAAUUACAUUUAAAUAAACCUGAUUUUUAAGCAUA